CUCCACUCCACUCCACUCCACUCCACUCCACUCCUCCCACUCCUCCCUACCUCGUACAAGGAAGGCAACGGCCUGACUCACCACCCCCCUUACUCUCGAGCAAUGGCAUCUCCAUCUUCCACCCUAUUUGCCCUUCCGAAUGGCUUCCGUUCCAUCCUGCUCCGAGGACAAGUAUGAGUACCCCUCCAGCGACAGCGACAGCGACAGCGACACGGAGAGCAGCACGACGAACUACGGGCGCGUCGAUGAUGAGCCCGUACACCUCUCCUAUCGCAAUGGCGUGCUGGCCUGGGAAGCUUCCGAGCUGAGGGAUGACAAUAUCAUCGUCGCGACAGAGGUGGAUGGGAGCAUUGGCCAUACAAUCUUCAGCCUGGCUCCAGACGCUGCAGACAGCCCUUUCGAGCUCCGAACGACACGCGCAACCCUCCUCCCGCAAGACUUCCUCGACAAACACCUCUUCAAGACUCUGCCUUCGUAUCUACAGACAGAUCAUAUCCAUGUGCUUAUUUCCACCUUGUCAGGAACAGGGCUCGCACCAGCAUUCUUCGACGAUGUUUUACAUCCUCUCCUUCGAGCAAUCGGGCUGGCAGAUUCGGCAUACACUGUGACAAGGACAAAGAGCGCGGAAUCGGUAAAAGACUUUGCGAGAUCUACGCUACUGGUUGCUGCGAACGGAGGGCAGGAGCAGACUGUGCUGAUGUUGAGUGGUGAUGGGGGAAUGGUGGACACAAUCAACGGUCUGAUGGAAAGUGGAGACAGAUCAAGUUCCUACGUCAAGCCGAUCCUCUCCCAGCUUCCUCUUGGCACAGGAAAUGCCCUCUUCCAUUCAUUGCAUAACCCUUCCUCGAUCUCUCCGAUAUACAUACAAGGUCUCCGAACCCUCCUCCACGGAGCACCGAGACCACUUCCAAUAUUUCACGCCAACUUCUCCCCUGGAGCGCGGCUUCUGACCAACGAAGGGCAGACUGCAAGCCCUCUGACGAACAGGUCACUCUAUGGUGCUGUCGUUGCAAGUUAUGGGCUACAUGCUACUCUCGUAGCUGAUUCGGAUACCACGGAAUAUCGAAAGCAUGGGGACAAACGAUUUGGACUUGUGGCGAAGGACCUGCUAUUCCCUGGGGACGGCAGCAAGCCACAUGCAUACAAGGCGGAAGUUCUGUUGGAUGGGAAGCCACUUGAUAGAAAGGAACAUGGAUAUGUCCUGGCCAGUUUGGUUUCUAAUCUGGAGAAGACUUUCACAAUUUCGCCGGCGAGUAAGCCGAUGGAUGGAAAGCUACGGGUGGUAUACUUUGGGGCAUUGGAUGGGCAGGAAGCUAUGGAAGUCAUGAAGGCGGCAUAUGCUGGGGGAAAGCAUACCGAAAUGACAGCAGUUGGAUAUGAAACUGUCGAUGUACUGAGGAUCGACUUCGAUGAGGAAGGAGAGAGUUGGAAAUGGAGGAGGUGCUGCGUUGAUGGGUUGAUUGUCGGUGUGGAGGAGGGCGGCUGGAUGAAGGUUGGACUGGUGGGAAAGGGGAAUGAGGCUGUGGAAGUGGUGAGUGAUGUUUGACGAAGUUCAUGGAGCUAAUUAUUUGCAUAUUUGGAUGUAGAGCUUUGGUUUACUCCAAUGCUCUGGCUCCCUAAUUAGAAAUCAUGCGCGAUUUUAAGAAUCCAUCGGAUUCCUGGUUCUGAUCUUCCACCGGCGGAUGGAUGUUCCCAGUGCCUCUAAGAUGAUGAGGACCACUACCGCAUUCUUUCUCAAGAUCCUCUGCCAGACGUUACUGAGGCCCACAGCUAGCUAGCGGACAAAUCCGAGAAGCGAAAAGUGAUUUUCUGAUUUUCU